AUGACCGCGAAAUACCCCGUACUACGCCCGCGACGCGGCCUGUCAAUGCUAUGCAUCAUUGCUUGCCUCUCCUGUAGCGUCAUUCUCGCCAUCUGGUAUGGCAUGAACUCCGAUCGUGACUACAUCCACCCCGUCCUCACACAAUUGAUUCCCGCAGGCCACUGUGCUUGUCAAACAUCUACCACCUUUCAAUGCUCCACCUGUCUCUCUUGUCCCGAGACAAGUCUGCAAAUACCGUCGUCCCCUAGGUGGUCGUUCGAUUACGCUCGCGACGCCCGCAAUGAGGCUCUCGAUAGCAGCCAAUGCGGAGCGGCGUUUCCAGGCCUGUUUGAAGAUGUUGCGCGCGGUCAGAGAUACUGGCGGGCCCUUCAAGGCUUAGUAACCGAGGACCUCGAUGCCAUCCAUUUACAACCAGGCAUGGCGCGCGUCUUCAUAUCACAAGGUCACCUGCAUGUGGUCGCUGCGCGUGCCAAGGGCGAGGAUCACCGACGGAAAAUUCUGGGAGUUUUGAGCUCGAUCCAUCGUGCGCUGGCCGCCGACCAGGAUCGCGCCUUACGCCGCGACAUCGAGUUCGUCUUCUCCGUGGAAGAUAAAGUGGAGGACGUGACGAGUCCAGAAUACCCGGUUUGGGUCUUUGCCCGCACCCCAACCGAAGAGGGGGUGUGGCUCAUGCCGGACUUCAGCUUUUGGGCCUGGGAUAACCCUACCAACUACAUCGGCCCAUAUGACCAGGUGGUCGAUCGCAUCACCAGAUUGGACAUUCCGUGGGAGGAGAAAAAGCCGCAACUUGUAUGGCGCGGCAAGCCAAGCUUUGCGCCGAAGCUGCGUCGCGCAUUGAUGGAAGCCGCGCGCGAUAAACCCUGGGGCGAUGUGAAGCAGGUCGAGUGGUCCUCGGGUACCAAUGUGCUCAAGAUGGAGGACCACUGCCAUUACAUGUUCAUCGCUCAUGUCGAAGGACGAUCAUACUCCGCAUCCCUCAAAUACCGACAAGCCUGUAAUUCAGUCAUCGUCGCACACAAACUCCAGUACAUCCAACAUCACCACUACCUCCUCGUCUCCGAAGGCCCGAACCAGAACUAUGUGGAAGUCGAGCGCGACUUCAGCGACCUCGGUGAGAAGAUCGAGCCUCUUGUCCGCGACAAUGGGGCCGCAGAGCGCAUCGCCAAUAACAGCGUCAAAACUUUCCGCGAACGGUACCUCACACCAGCCGCCGAGGCUUGCUAUUGGCGUUCGCUAUUCAGCGGCUACAGUAGCGUGUGGAAUAGCACAGUAAAUCCUUGGUCCGACCGAGACGGCAAAGAGCGCGGUCUCCGGUAUGAGUCCUUUGUGCUGCUGGAAAGUCCGAAAAUGUUCGAGUUCAGGGCUGAUCAUGCCGUCCUGUGA